CGUCGCUGUCGGGAUAAUUUAAAUGUUUUUUCCAGCUUCAAUUAGUUUCAAAAGACUUAGAGAGAGUGAGGAGACACAAAGAGAGAGAGAGAGAGAAAGACCCUGAGUUGAAACAUCGCACCACAAGUAAAGCCUACAAAAUGCAGCUGCAUGUCCUUUUCUCGUUGGUGCUUGUGCUGUUUGUAGUCCUGAUGACAGGGUCUUCUGAAGCUGGCAGGAACAAAAAAGAGAAAGGGAAGAAGUCGAGCUCAGCCUGCAGAGAAUGGCAGUGGGGAGCAUGUGAGCCAGCCUCUGGUGACUGUGGCACUGGACUCCGUGAGGGAACUUGCAAGGAAAAGGAAGAGACUAAGACUGUGAAGUGCAAGGUGCCAUGUAACUGGAAAAAGCAAUUUGGAGGUGACUGCAAGUACAAGUUUGGAAACUGGGGCGAGUGUGACACCGAGACUGGUCUAAAAACCCGCAACGGAACCCUAAAGAAGGCCCUGUUCAAUGCGGAGUGUGAGCAGUCAGUGAAUGUCACAAAGUCCUGUGAUAAAUCUAAGUCAAAAUCAAAAGGUAAGAAGGGGAAGAAGGGCAUGUGAGGAAGUUUCUAGAAACUGGACAGUAUAACCCACCUUCUUGUUGAUCUGAGCUGCAGCACAAUCUAUACAGCCACCCCUCACCAAAAUACCUUUUACCAAGCUUUUGUUGUAAUCUUCUAAUCUGUAGAAUUUAAUGUAAAAGAACUGCCUUUUUAAUCAUUGCUUUUUUAAAAAAAAAAUCUCCUUUUGCUUAUAAACCUGAGAGUCUGACGUGUACAGUACAUUUCUGCAAUGAUAUAAUUUCCAUGUAGAACGCCUUACAAAUCUCUAGGCUUGUAGUGGUUCUUUUUAUUAUUGUAUAUCAAUUGUCCCUUUUUAACCCCAUUCAAACUGUCAACAUCACCUGUCUCUGCAGAAAUCUUGAUCAUUAAUUUUCUAAGCCUUCUUGGCCAUCACACCUGAAGGCUUCUUUUUGCAAGAACUGAACUGAGCUACACACAACAUUUUUGAACAACUGAUGACAAGAUCAGAAGAGAAACUGUCAUUUUUCUUUACUGGCAUUGUUUUUUGACAGGAGGGUUUUAUUGUAACUCUGAAAUUAUGUCACAAUGUAGCACCACUAAAGUCUGUAUACUCUUUUUAUUUCAAAGCCAUGAGUUGGAGAUUUGGAAGGCGCAAAGUACUUCAUGGAUAAUAAUCCAUUUCCUGUCCUAAAUGUUUGCCAUUUACUGGAGAGAUCUUGGACUAGAGUUUUUUUUUCAAAUAAAAUCUUUUUAUAAACUUA